AUGUUGGACCUUCGGUAUGCUCUGGGCCUCGGUAGGGCGUUCGAUCUGCAAGAUAGCAAAGGCUCAGUAAGACCUAGGGCACCGGUAUGGUACCGGCCGAAGGCUCUCCGAUGCUUAAGUAAGUACGGAUUUGGUAAGAUUGAACUACAGAUCAAUAGGCAGUAUGCCAGUUUCGAUGUGGGACUGUGGGCUUCAAUUGUGGGACUGCCACGUGUCCCUAGGGGUGAAGUUGCCUUAAUCGGGCGAUCGGUAGGAACGGUACUGAAGCUAGGUGCCGAAGGCUUCCAUAGCUUUAGUUUGGUCCACGUGUCCGAUGCUCACUGGCUGUUCAUUUUGGAAAUGUUGUCCAACCGUUCCGUAACCCAGUUGGUGGAGGGGCUCAACUUUGGCACUUCUGUUCUUGUUCAUUCAGAGGUUGACGUUGAGGAAGUCAGAAGGGGUGACCCCGAAGACGAAAUCACUUUGCAUUUUGUGAGAAGCGAGAGCUCUGUUGAGGCGAUUUCCGACGAUAGCAUUCGGUAUUCAAAGCAAUUUCCGACCGGGCUAACGGUAAACCAGGAGAUUUCCGGCGUUGCGAACGGUAAGAAAAGCGAUUUCCGUCAAGGUAAUCGGAAGCACAGUUCGUGGUCCUCAUCCAGAGCUCGACAUAAGAUGUCUGAUAGCGAGUCAUUUUCGGAGCGUGAGCCCAAUGCGUUCGGUGAGGAGUCAUCGGAUGGUCUUUUUGACUCUGACAGUGAAGCGGUAGGCCUCGAUUCCGGGGACGGAAGUGAUACCGAUGUUGAGAUACUCAGUGAAGGCCCCAGCUCCGCACCUUCACAUGGCAUCAGGAAAGGGCUAAUGACUGCACCGGUACCGUUGGUUAUUGUCUAUAGCGACGGUCGCCACAUUGGUCAAGCCUUGCCUGGGGAGAUGAGCGCUAGUCGCCAGUCAGAGGCCUCCACUUCCGGCCGUGGGGAGUCAGCUGCCGAACCAUCUUCUCGGCUGAGGGUAUCGGUAGUCUAUCCCAGCAAUCCUAGGGUUCCGAUAGGAGUUCCGAAUGAGCACCUAUUCGGCGUAGAUUAUUUGGAGCCCAACAGGAUCACCGAGAGGGAGAUCGCGAAAUAUCGCGCCGAGUAUUUCAUACUAGAUUCGGUAGGGAUGAGGAUCCCAACUCCAACCGAAUCUCUAAGCAAGCCGAAGAAUGGCGAAGUCGUCUUUUUCACGGACGUACUUCUGAAAGGAGUGAGGCUUCCGCUGCAGCUUGCCGUUUAG